UUGCUUGAUUCUGCGUUCGACUGAUUCCCAUGGCCCAUCUUCUCAAAACUGCAACAAUCUGAGCAGCUCCGCUUUCUUCUCCACCGGACCUCUAUCCUUCUCCCACCUGUUUCAAAUUUUCUUCUCCAAUGGCGCCUCUCACCUUGUCGUUUGAGAGACGGAGACGGAGACAGAGACAGAGGAGAGUUUCACGGGAUUUGGAUUCACAUUGGAUGAAAAUCCGCAUUGUUUAAAUUUUAAAAAUAUUUCAGAAUCAUGGCUUUGAUUUCGAAUUCUUGUUGUUUUUCUUUCUGCUCGAAUCACGGUGCUGUGUUCCAUAUCUUGAUUCGGAUUGGUUUCACCGCUUCUUUCUUCUUCCGUUCAGCGUUUCUGUUGUGAUUUCUUUGAUGACGAGCUUUAAUUUUGAUUUCAACAAUGACAGUUCACCUUGCUCGAGAAGCCUCUAAGCUAUGGAGAAAAAUGUGCGUCGAAGCGUCCAUAGAAGUUUCGCUUCUUGCCGGAAGCUGGAAAUAUAUCCUUGCUGGCGUUGUUUUUCAGUAUAUCCAUGGUGUGGCUGCUCAAGGAAUUCAUUAUUUGCACCGGCCCGGGCCAACACUCCAGGAUACUGGAUACUUUCUUCUUCAAGAGCUCGGUGAAGACAAAGCUUAUGUUAGCGAGACUGUUUUCUCCCUCAUAUUUUUUUCUUUUGUGCUGUGGACAUUUCACCCAUUUGUUUAUCAGAGCAAAAGGAUAUAUACAGUUCUGAUAUGGUGCAGAGUUCUUGCCUAUCUAGUUGGUUUCUGUUUGCCCAUAACCUUUUGUAAGGCUUGUCAGUUCCUGAGGAUAAUCACAUUCUACUCAACUCACCUUCCUGGUCCCAACUAUCAUUGUCGUGAGGGUUCAAAACUUGCAAAGAUGCCUCCACCAGAGAGAUUAGUUGAAGUGCUGCUAAUGAACUUUUCAAAAGGGGUCAAUUACGGCUGUGGAGACUUGAUAUUUUCAUCCCACAUGAUAUUUUCUUUAGUAUUUACACGCACAUAUCAUAGAUAUGGAAUGGCAAGAUUUAUCAAAAUAUCUGCUUGGCUUCUUUGUGUAAUUCAGAGCAUCCUCAUCUUAGCGUCUCGCAAGCAUUAUACAGUAGAUGUCGUUGUUGCUUGGUAUACUGUAAAUUUGGUUACAUUUUUUAUUGACAGAAAGCUGGCAGAGCUGCGAGAGAGGCCUUCUGGCAUAAUGUCGCCAUCGCUUCUUCCAUUGAGUUCCAAGGAAGAGUUCCAGAGGCUUGUGAAUGGAAAUUAUGUGGGAAUAACCCAUUGAAGAUAUAGAGCUUAGAUGCAAAAGUUGUGAGUAUCUCUGGUAAUAAUGACUUUUCAUUUAGCUCUCUUUACGUUUAGACAUUAGACGGUGGGUGCGCAUGCCAGGGAAGAACUUCAGAUAGGGAUGAAUGUCUCAAUGACUUCGACAAACAAGGCAUCAACUGAAGAUAGCUAGCUGCGAUGCCUUUAGAAAUAGAAUCUUGAACUCAUGGCCAUCAUCUGUACAAGUAUAGGCUCUGUGUUGUUCUUUGCUAGGAUUUAAGUGCAGUCUCUUCUUUCAGUAUGGAAAUUCACUGAUAUUGGGAACAUAUAUCUUUUGGGAUUUUGCUUUUAAAUGGGUCAAAAGCAAUUAUGAGAGGAUUUUAACCAUUUUUUUUUUCGCUGUAAAGCUGAUUAAUUCAUUGAUUUAUCUAAAA